ACUAUCUUCUCCAUAUGCUCUCUCUACAAACAAUCAUAUGAAUUGAAAAACUCAUUAACACCUUCUCCUCUUCAAGAAACCUGCCUUCUCUUUACCCAUUUCUUUAUACAUUAAAGUUCAUGGCACCCAACGGAGAAACCCUAAUCGGCUCAUACUUAAAGAGAGACAAUAUGCCCAAGCCUAGUAGACUUUCAAUGGAAGGUCUACAAAGAACAGUAUCCGAUAUUUCAUUUGAACUAAGCAAAGAAUUACCCGUUGCAGAUUCAAACAAGCUAAACGAUCUUCCUCCUAUAUCCGAGGUAGAAGACGCAAAGUGCGAAUGUUGUGGCAUGUCUGAAGAAUGCACGCCUGGGUACAUAAAAAAGGUUGGUGAAAAAUAUUUGGGGAAAUUUAUUUGUGGGUUAUGUGCAGAAGCAGUGCAACAAGAAAUGGAGAAAAAUGGAGGGAAAAGAGAAGAAGCAGUAAACGAACAUAUGAGUGCUUGUGUAAAGUUUAAUAGGUUUUUUAGGGUUAAUCCUAUAUUGCAUCAAGCUGAGGCUAUGAGAGAGAUUUUAAAGAAGAGUUCAAGUCUUAGGGCUAAGUCCAUUAGCCCUAGGCCUGAUAGAGGUAUUACUCCUAAGAAAGGUGGUAUUGCUAGGAGUUCUAGCUGUAUUCCUGCAAUAACAAGGGAAAUUACAGACCAAAGAUUGGCUAGUUAAUUAAUUAAUUAAUUGGUUGAAUUAAUUUUUUUGUUGGUGUGUUAUGUUUAAUUAGGGUUUAAAUUGAAAUUUAAGCAUGGUUGUUAAGAACUAGCAGGACCUUUAUCCAGUUAUUUUCAGUUAUUGUCUAGCUUCAUGUUUUUGAUGGUUUUAUGAUCAAGAGUUUCUUGAUGUUGUAACUUUGUAAUUAUUAUUACUAUUAUUAUUUUUUCUUGUAAGCAUGGCUUGUAGUUUGUAAGUAAUUAUUAUCCAACUGUUUAAUUAAAUUAUCAAGUUUAAAUCUGUAUAAUA